GGGUGAGGGAGGAAGGGUGGUUAAAAAACACUGAAGCUUCAGAGCAGUGAAGCAGACAUGAAAUCUCCUCGUCAGUGAUCCUCCUCCACGGGGUGACAGAACCCGCCUGGGACCGUCUCUCAGCUACCGGCCUUAAUUCCCCAGGUGUGAAACACCCCAUCGCAGCAGCUCAUCCGCACACAAAGACUCCUUUUUUAAACAUCAUGCAGGGAUCCUCGUUGAGCCACGCUGCAUAUGCACAGUGGAACCACUACUGAAGAGGACUUUCCGGAAGGUUCACAGCGUUCGAGGUUUUGGUCCAAAGCAGAACUGGCACAGAGAGCGCGACCUGGUGAAAAAGGACGUGUGGAACCAGGGCUGGGUUUGGUCCCCACAUCUGUGAUGACUUUCAUUGUGGACACACGGGCAUUUUCUGCUGUGCCAGGACAACCGGUGGUCUGAACGGAAAGCCGGUGUAGGUGACGUCUCCCCGCAGGCCACCAUCCACGGGAAUCACGGUACCGGGGCCCAUCCUGCCCACGAUGAAGCUGCUCACCACACUGCUGCUGUUCCAGCUCCUGGUCUCCAGACCCGGCUCCGGGGUGGAGGAGGCGCAGGAGUUCGAGGGCAGAGAGGGUGGCCCAGAGCACGACUUCCUGUACGGGCGGCCACAGCGCUCACGCCGUGGGCGAGCCACUGGUGACGGCCAACAGGAGGACAAGUGCUCAUACACCUUCAUCGUGCCGCAGAGGAAGGUGACGGGCGCCAUCUGUGUGAAUUCGCAAGAGCCAGAUUCACUGCUGGAGAACCGAGUCCACAAGCAGGAACUGGAGCUGCUCAACGGGGAGCUGCUGAAGCAGAAGCGGCAGAUCGAGACACUGCAGCUGAUGGUGGAGGUGGACGGCGGCCUGGUCAACGAGGUCAAGCUGCUGCGCAAGGAGAGCCGCAACAUGAACUCGCGCGUCACGCAGCUCUACAUGCAGCUGCUGCACGAGAUCAUCCGCAAGCGGGACAAUGCGCUGGAGCUCUCGCAGCUCGAAAGCCGCGUGCUAAACCACACAUCAGAGAUGCUGCAGCUUGUCAACCGCUACAAGGACCUGGAGCACAAGUACGAGCACCUAGCCAUGCUGGCCAGCAAUCAGACGGCCACCAUCAGUCGGCUGGAGGAGCAGUGCCUGAGGAUGCCCCUGGCCGCCCGGCCUGGCCACCAGCCUCGCCUCCCGCCACAGCCCCGCCUCCCGCCACAGCCCCGCCUACCGCCACAGCCCCAACCGCAGGCCCCGCCCCCACCCCAGCCUCCACCGAAAACCAGACCCUACCAGCCGCCCACCUACCCCCGCAUUACCAACCAGAUCACCAACGACAUCCAGAACGACCAGAACCUCAAAGCGCCAUCACCUCUUCCGACCACAUCGAAUGGGACAGGUGACCCCCCCGUCACAAUCAAGCCUUCAGGGCCCUGGAAGGACUGCCUGCGAGCGCUGGAAGACGGCCACGACACCAGCGGCAUAUACUUGGUGAAACCUGAGAAUGGCAACCGUCUGAUGCAGGUGUGGUGCGACCAACGGCACGACCCCGGCGGCUGGACCGUCAUCCAGAGGCGGCAGGACGGCUCGGUGAACUUCUUCGGGAACUGGGAGGUGUACAAGCAAGGAUUUGGCAACAUUGACGGAGAGUACUGGCUGGGCUUGGAGAACAUCUACUGGCUGACCAACCAAGGCAACUACAAGCUGCUGGUGAUGAUGGAGGACUGGUCGAGCCGGAGGGUGUUCGCCGAGUACGCCAGCUUCCGCCUGGAGCCCGAGGCCGACUUUUACAGGCUGCGUGUGGGCCGUUACCACGGCAAUGCGGGCGACUCCCUGACCUGGCACAACGGCAAGCAGUUCACCACGCUAGACAGGGACCAUGACGUAUACACAGGCAACUGUGCCCAUUACCAGAAGGGAGGGUGGUGGUACAACGCUUGUGCACACGCCAACCUGAACGGCGUGUGGUACCGGGGAGGACACUAUCGCAGUCACUAUCAGGACGGCGUCUACUGGGCCGAGUUCCGAGGCGCGGCCUAUUCGCUGAAGAAGGUGGUGAUGAUGGUCCGGCCAAACCCCAACACCUUCCACUAACGGGAUGCGACCAGAACCAGAAAGCGGCGACCCCACCACGACCCGGACCCGAGAACUGUCCUGGGAUAGGCCGGCUCACUCCGCGUGUCGGCUAUCCUCCCACCCUUCCUUAGGCUUUCGUGUGUGUGUGUGUGUUUUGUCUUUCGGCGUAUGAGGACCAUGCAGUGACAAUGACUGAAAUUACUCGCACAGGGGUAACAAAAGCAGCGCGGACUGUGGGUGGAGACCUGGAAGGGAGUAAGAUAGAACAAGAAUAGCGUGCUGACAUGGAGACGCAGCCUGAACAGAGACCAUCCCCCUGACAAGAGCGUCAAGCCAAAAGUCAGCUGUGUUCUCCUAUCACUGUGGGGAUUAGCAAGAGACAAAGAGCAGAGACUCCAUCCAGAGCUGAAGAGCAGAGGUUUGACUGGAAUUACUGAACAUUUAUUCAAUAUACAAUAAAUAACCCCCCCCCCCAUUUCAUUCCUAAGACUUGAAAACAAGUGGACCGGAACAGGCAUCCACUGUAUUUGUAGAAACCUUCAAGGGUCAGAAUUUUUUAUGGGCAAGUAGGCUUAGCAAGUAGAUUUCCUGUUCAUGUGAACAACAGUAUUUAUUCACAGGAAGAAGGCAAUUCAAGUAUCUCCUAACCCAUUUUUUUAAUACUUAAGGACUUCAAUAAACUCAGUUAUUUAGCAUAUAACAACCGAUUCAGUAGAGAACAUUGCAUCAGACAUCCAAGUUACCUUUGAGGACCCAGCCGGCAGGGACUGGAUAAUCGCCAAGGCUGACUGGAGUUAGGAGGAAUUUUUUGAGUGUAAUGUCUGUUGGCCAACAAAUAUGUUGUUCUUAGUACUCCAGAACGCUUGGAUAUGAAACCAAGAAAUAUCCAAAAGUAGUCUGAGGUGGGAGGAGGGAGCACCAUUAAAAUCCAACAUCCCCCAGACCUCAGCCAUGUACUCAAUGUAUGGAUACAGGGAACAUCGGACAAUAUGACGUCCACUGCUGUGUGCUACAAUAGGCUACUUUUGAUAGGAAAAUCUUUAAAAUUAUCCCCAAGGGCCUCCACCACCAUAUGUACCGUAUAAAGGCUGAUCUUGUUUGAAGAUUCAUUGUCUUGUGUACAUAAUAGCCUCAUCAUUAAAGCAGGGUGUAAUAUAAACGUGUGAAGUCCUGCGCAAGACUGACGAUCAUUAUAACAGAGUAUCUACAGCAAACUACAGUCUACUGUGGGAUGGCAGUAUGCUUUCUAAUUUAGUCACUAUGAACAAAAAUAAAAUAAUUGUAAAACAGAA